AUGACUAUCUCCGACAUUGAAGGUGAAGAACGGAUAAUAAUCUUACCGGAUGAUUAUGAUGUUUCAAAAAAUAUAAAUUCAUUUACACUACCACCACCCUCCAAUAUUGCAUCCAAACCUCGUAUUGAACUUUUUGAAGACACCAAUGGUAAGGUUUACGAAAUAAAAUCUUACCAAUUCGGUAAAGGGCCUUCGUAUUCGCACGAAGAAGACUUGGCGAAUGAUAAAUAUCAUUAUACAAAGGAAAAUCACCCAAUUAAAUCGACAUUCAUCGUAAAUACUUCUGAUCCCGCCGACGGAUAUAUUUUCAAGUCAAGCAAAAUUCAUUUUUGUUGUUUACAUGACGUUACUUUCAGUUUAAUUGGGUUUUACUAUAGGAAUAGCAUUUCAGAGGAUGAACAGGAUUACGUCAAUUCAAACGACACUAGUGUUAACCAAACAAGUAACAAGAAAAACCAUGAGAGGUUUCUUACGGCGCGUGACCAUCAUGAUUUUUUAACGGAUAAUCAUGACAAGAAUUGGGAUAACAUUUCUUUAAGCUGCCUCAGGGGUGGGCUAGCAAAGAUAAGCGAAACCAUUGAAGAAGCUGGUGAAGUAUAUUACAAGAUUACGCCUGCAAUGAUAACAAAAUAUCUGGUUGAAAAGGUAUCGAAAAUUGCAGAAAACUUUCCUCCAAGUGUCCCUAUACUCAAACAUGCAACAACAGAAAUAGAACAAUGCUACAAAGUAGUUGUUGCUACAAAUCUUUUAGUUUCUUUGAUUCCAAGGGCAGCCUACCAUAAUUUGGUCGACUUUUCACCCACAAUGGGUAGUUAUUGCUCAGACCUGGAUAUAAAAGCUAGCUUCACUAGCCUCGAGGACUACGAAACCAAGAACGAAUUAAAAAAUGCUGAGAAAGAACUACUAAUGAAAAGCGCCAUGAAUGUAGGCCUAAAUACGAAUAGUAGGGCUUCAUUGUCGAUAAAAAAGGUCACAAAAAAGGUAGUUCAAAGUAAAAAAUUAAAAGUGGCCACAGGAAAAGGCGCUAUAGAUGGCUUUUUCAAGCGCAAAUAG